AAAGGAAGAGAGGUUGAAGCAAGAAUGGGGGCUGAACGACAUUUUAGGCAGCGGGAAGGGCGGUUUCGAUUGCCAUCCAUUCAUGCCAAGUUGAUAAACACCCUUUCCAUCUUCAUUUCCACAACUCCAUCUCAAUCCUCCAGCCACCGAGGGUGCGGCAUCCACCUCCACGAAUUCCACCACUUUCCUCAAGCUCUUGUUGAAAAAUGGCUGACUCAGAGGAUAUUCAGCCACUCGUCUGUGACAACGGGACAGGAAUGGUUAAGGCUGGAUUUGCUGGAGAUGAUGCCCCCAGAGCUGUGUUUCCUAGCAUCAUUGGUCGGCCUCGUCACACUGGUGUGAUGGUGGGCAUGGGCCAGAAAGAUGCUUAUGUUGGGGAUGAAGCUCAGUCCAAACGUGGUAUUCUGACACUCAAGUAUCCGAUUGAGCAUGGUAUUGUGAACAACUGGGAUGAUAUGGAGAAAAUCUGGCACCACACCUUCUACAAUGAACUUCGUGUUGCGCCAGAGGAGCACCCGAUUCUGCUCACUGAAGCUCCUCUCAACCCGAAGGCUAACCGUGAAAAGAUGACCCAGAUUAUGUUCGAGACAUUUAAUGCUCCUGCCAUGUAUGUAGCCAUUCAAGCCGUUCUAUCGCUUUAUGCAAGCGGCCGUACAACAGGAAUCGUGCUGGACUCGGGAGAUGGUGUCAGUCACACUGUCCCUAUCUACGAGGGAUAUUCUCUGCCUCAUGCCAUCCUUCGUCUGGACUUAGCCGGUCGAGACCUUACGGACGCCUUCAUGAAAAUCUUAACAGAACGUGGGUACAGCUUUACCACCUCAGCGGAACGAGAAAUUGUGAGGGACAUGAAGGAGAAACUUUCAUACAUUGCUCUUGAUUAUGAGCAGGAGUUAGAGAAUGCCAAAACGAACUCUGAAGUUGAGAAAAGCUAUGAAUUACCAGAUGGGCAGGUCAUAACUAUUGGGGCUGAGCGUUUCCGAUGCCCUGAGGUUCUUUUCCAACCUGCAAUGAUAGGAAUGGAGGCUGCAGGCAUCCAUGAAACCACAUACAACUCGAUCAUGAAGUGUGAUGUUGAUAUUAGGAAAGAUCUUUACGGGAACAUCGUCCUCAGUGGUGGUUCUACCAUGUUCCCAGGCAUUGCCGACAGAAUGAGCAAGGAAAUCACUGCUUUGGCACCAAGUAGUAUGAAGAUUAAGGUGGUAGCUCCACCAGAAAGGAAGUAUAGUGUGUGGAUUGGAGGUUCCAUUUUGGCAUCCCUGAGCACCUUCCAGCAGAUGUGGAUCGCAAAGGCAGAAUAUGAUGAAUCCGGCCCCUCCAUUGUGCACCGCAAAUGCUUCUAGCUUUCUGGGAUUAUCUCUGAACAAGAAGCUAUGCUUGAUAAGCAUAUCAUGAUUUCUUAAAAAUAACAAUGGUACUAUUAUGUAUGAUCCACAGUGCGCAGUCUCACUUCAGCGGUGCGCGACGAGCCAGCCCGGCAGGUUUCUCCUUGAUGCUGACAGCAUAUAGUAAACAGAUUCGACGAGUUAUUUCAUUAUCAAUAAAUCUCUCUAAAGAAAAUGUUUCAUUUUCUUCCAUGAUUCAAUAUUGAUACUAUUUAUAGGAGAGGUAACUUGUAAUGUUUUGCAGUAGUAUUUGUUAACCAGUUUAGUUUACCUGUAUUGCUGUUUUACUUUCAUGUAGUUUUUUUGCAUGUCUUUGAGACUGUAUACUGGAUACAUGUAUUCACUCUCCACAGUAGUUGUCAGUAAUUAAAGAGCAGUAGACUACAUCUAUUUUCUUGCCA